AGGCUUUCCCCCCACUAAAGAAUGAUUUGAUUCUCCGUGCUGCAAAGGGAGAACAUGUUGAAAAGGUCCCUGUAUGGGCCAUGAGACAGGCUGGCAGAUACAUGAAAGAAUUUCAAGAAGUUCGUGCUAAGCAUGAAUUCUUUGAUGUUUGUCGAACUCCAGAGUUAGCCUGUGAGGUCACAAUGCAGCCAAUCCGUGCCUUCGAUCUGGAUGCAUCUAUUAUAUUCUCUGACAUUCUUGUUGUACCUCAGGCCCUCGGAAUGGGAGUGCAGAUGGUACCAGGAAAGGGGCCUACGUUUGAUGAACCUCUGGUAGAACCUGAUGACCUUAAGAAGCUUAAAGUUGAUGUUAAUGUCCACGAGGAGCUUGGAUAUGUGUAUGAGGCAAUCACUCUCACCAGACAUACACUUGAUGGCAAGGUUCCUCUUAUAGGCUUCAGCGGUGCUCCGUGGACCCUGAUGUCUUACAUGAUUGAGGGUGGAGGCUCAACAACCCAAUCAAAGGCCAAAAAGUGGCUGUAUGCCUACCCCGAGGCUAGCCACCAAUUGUUGCAGAUUCUAACUGAUGUAAUUGUUGAGUAUCUGGUUGGACAAGUAAAAGCAGGGGCUCAGCUGUUGCAGCUGUUUGAGUCCCACGGUGGAAUCCUUGGAAUGGGAAUGUUUUCCAAGUUUGCACUUCCAUACAUCAGGCAGAUAUCUUCCAGAGUCAAGGAGACUUUGGUCUCAAAGAAUCUGAAGCCAGUCCCCAUGAUCAUAUUCUCUAAGGAUUCCCAUUAUGCACUAGAGGAACUAGCUCAGAGUAACUAUGAGGUCGUCCAACUAGAUUGGACCAUUAAGCCUCAGAAUGCAAGACGACAAGUUGGCCCCAAUAUUACACUUCAAGGCAAUCUAGACCCAUGUGCUCUGUAUUCAACACCGGAGGAAAUCAAGAAGUUAACCAAGGAAAUGUUGAAGAAAUUUGGCACUCAACGAUAUAUUGCUAAUCUAGGUCAUGGUAUGUACCCAGACUUUGAUCGUGAACAUCUUAAAGCAUUUGUAGAUGCCGUGCACAGUGAGUCUAUGGAAAUGAUUAAUGGUGAUGAAUAAGGAUGAUCAGUGAUGAUGAAUAAGGAUGAUCAGUGAUGAUGAAUAAGGAUGAUUAAUGAUGACAAAGGAUGAUCAGUGAUGAAUAAGGAUGUUCAAAGAAUGAAGAUGGAAAAGGAUGUUCAAUGAUGAUGAUGAAUAUGUGUGAUUAAUGGUGAUGAAGAAGAAAGUGCUGUAAUUGUAUGGUUAAAUAGCGAUAAGGAUCAAAAUGAUGAUAUCCAUCAAAAAAGAACAUCCAUUGGCUGAUCGGAUAAUUUAGAAAUCAUUUCAGUACUAUACAUGUAAAUGAUCUGAAGAUAUACUAUAAAAGUAACAAAAGAUAAUUUGAAUAUUGAAUCAUCAUGCUCUUUCCAUGACACUUCACAGUUAUCUCUCCAGCAUUAAAACAAGCGGGCGCAAAACACAAGCCUGAGAUUUUGAAAACAGGCUUGAACCCACCUGAAAAUCGAUUUGUACCCACUCAAAAUGAGAAAAU